AAAACAAAUUUGAUAAAAUAUAGUGUAAUGAUAUUUGGAUGAUUAAUACUUAUAAUGUACCUAGAUAUACAACAAAUGUAAUCGGCUAACUAAAACAGUCAGAAUCUUGGAUUUUGACUUUACCCGGUGAUUUAAAAAAAUCAGUUUAGUGGUCUUGUUAAAAUGGAUUUAUUGAAAACUCCUUCUGUUCAAUCUUUGCUGGACUCCGAUUUAGAAUCAGUUGGAAGUUUACAAUAUAUGGACUUUGAAGAGUUAGAUGAAGUUGAAUAUGCUUUGCCAACAAGCGAGGCCCCAACUCUGGCCGAGGUCCUGUCUGCUGAGGAUGAGGGUGAAGAAAAGAUACCAUUCAAACCUGUUGAGGAGCCUUCCAGCUGCUCGGCUGUGCAAAUAGACUUUCUGCAGGCUGUAUCCCAACAAAUUAUACAAGCUCAGGAAAGGUCAUCAGCAGGUACUGCUACAGCCCUCAGUGUUGGUGCGAACGGAAAACUAACUGUAGGCACGGCUCACGGCCACCUACUAACAUUUUUUGAACAAACAUUGCGGUGGGUAUGUGACUCCAACACAGACCGUGGCGCAGUCUCAUGCGUAGCUUAUAAUCAGGAUAGCACACGCCUCCUGGCCGGAUACGCAAGAGGUCUCAUUUGCCAGUAUGAUAGCAUACAAGGAGUCGUUUUAAGACGCGUGACGUUGGGCGGUGAGAUUUGGGGAACGCUAAGGGUCACAUGGGCUGGAAUGUCUGGAUUAGCGCUAGAUACGGGUGGAUCCGUGUGGCUGAUUAAAUUCUCACGUCCUCUUGGCGUGCGAUCCGCCCGCUCGUCUUGCUUGUUCUCUGGCGCCCGAGGAGAAGUAGUGGCCAUGGCGGCUCGUGAUGCCCGCAUCCUAGCGUUGGCGACUCUCUCUCGAGUGAUUAUUGUGGCCGGCGGCCGCGCGGCCGGCGUCCGGCUCGCCGGCCCGCCCGACACGCUCCCAGUACUAGCGUGGAGCGACACAGAUGAACGCGUAUUAGUUUGUGGACGAUCAAAAACGUUACAAUGGCUUGCAGUAAACGUCACCGGAUCGUCCAUAUUGCUUCGUCCUGUACAUCGUGUGGAGCUAAAGAGUUCGCCCUUGUGGCUGGGCUGGCUCGGCGGAAAUCUCGCAAUAUUUGACGCGGAUGAGAAUCUGAGACUAUGGGGCGAUGAUUAUGAUAAGCCAUUGGAUUUGUCGCAAAUCGAACCGGUCUACGCGUCUGCUUUUUUUAAGGGUCUGUGGACAGACGGACGCGUGUCUCGAGCUAUGUGUAUGGCGGGAGGGAGCGCGCUGGGCGGCGCGUGCGUGGCGGAAGGCGCGCUGGCGCUGCUCGGCCGGAGAGGCGUGGUGCGCGUGCGGCCGCGCGACCUGCUGGCGCGCGCGCAGGCGUCCAUGUGUUCCGGCCGCCACGCCCAGGCGUUGAGACUGCUGUGCUCGGCGCAAGGGCCAGACGCUGCAGCGCUGGCUAAUUCCUUCAUUAUCAAUAUCUCUGAAAGGCCACAUUUAUUGAGCAACAAGGCGUUAGCAGACCUGGCCAUCAAAUUGUGCCUAAAAUUUAAUUUGGGCGAAGAGCUUUGGUCCUGUCUGUGGGAGCAAUGCGCGGGGGAAAAGGUAUUCGUGGAGGCGUUAGGGGAAGCAACGGUUCGCGGGGAACUUUACGAUGCACCACCUUCGCCCGAUUGCUCACAGGAAUUGAUAGAGCGGCUGGCGGACUGCGAUCCGGGCCUGGUAGAGCGAGUCGUGGCCUCACUGCCACUGACGUCGCUCGACCCGCAUCGCUCCAGCGUGUUCACCCGCGACAAGGGACUCUGGCGCGGCGUCGGCGCCAUCGCGGCGGCUUUAGGCGGUUCGAGUGGCGCCAUGAAGGAACUCGUAGGCUAUGUGGAGGCGUCGUGCGGCGGCGGUCCCUCGUGUCGCUGCGCGGGCGGGGCGCUGCUGCUGGCGGCGGCGGACGCGCUGGGCGGGCGCGGCGCCGGCGGCCGCCCGCUGCCCGACCACGCGCGGCCCUCGGCGCGCCACGACGCGCUGCACACGCUGCUGGCUGAGACGGAGCGUGGGGGGCGCUCGCCGCUGCACGUGUUGUGCGCGCACGACGCGCGCGCGUGCGUGCGGCUGCUGGAGCAGAGUGCGCGCGAGCCGCCCUUCGCCGGCCCGCUCGGCAAGCAGAACCGUCUGCGCGUCGCGCGCGCGCUGCUCGCCGUCGCGCAUCUAUUGCAGGUACCUGACGAUCGGGUCGAAAUACUAGAAUUUGUCACCGGCCAACUCAGCACGGGCGCGCUGCCGGGCGACCGCGAGGUGGUGUCGGGCGCCAAGGAGCUGGCGGCGUGCACGGCGGGCGAGCGCUCCGACCGCGCCUGGCUCGCCCUGCUGCUGCGCGCGCCCGCCACGCCCGCCGUGUCCCUGCCCGGCGCGCCUGCUGUCGCCGUCGCCGCACCCCCGCCCCCGCCCCCGCGCCCGCAGCUCGCCGCGCACCGCGCCGCCGCCGCCGCCGCCACGCGCCCGCGCGUCCUGUGGCGCCUCGACGUCCUCCUCGACAACCACGCCGAGGCUCUGCCGAGGUUUUUCGAGAUAGAGAACCCGUCCACCGCCGACGUCGACGAGCUUUUUGAGUAUCUCGCCUCGCGAACGGAGGCCGAUUGCGUCGGUGCGAAGAAGCAGAUGGAGGACUACCUCUCGAAGCUUAUCGAGCUCCGCCCGCGGGCUACGGCCGCGUUAGUAACCGACCAGUUCUCUGACAUUCUUUCGACGACUCUGAGAACUGUAGCGAGCGAUUGCGCGCUCGAGUUUGCCGAUUGCCUCCUUGAGGCGGGGCGCCUGCGAGGUGAGGCCGCCGCGGCCCACUUUCGCAACCUGUGCGCCCGGCGACCCGCGACCGCUAGUGCCUUUUUAGAAAAAAAUCCGGGCAUGUUGCGACCGGAGGAGGCGCUCGCGAUCGUCCGCGAGACGGGGGCUCGGGAGGCGGAGCCGGCAUGCUUGGAAGCGACGGGGGAUCCCGGAGCCGCCCUGGAUGCUCUUCUAAAUCUCGUCUCCGACGCCGAGGGGGAGACGGAAACCGGAUUGCUGAGGCGAGCGUGCGAGCUGUGCACGAGAGUCACGCCCGGCGUGCCCGCAGAAACCGCGGGCGGAAUGUGGGCACGGUUAUUAAAACGCGCCGAGAGCAUGCCGCCGGCGCUGCUUUUAGAGGCGGCGGCGUAUUUGCCUCCGGAGCAGCUAGCCGCACGCGUGUGCUCGGCGCCGCGAGUGGCGCAGGCGGCGCUCGUGGCCGCGAGCGGGCAGCUCGGCGCGUGGGAGUGCGCGGCGCGAGUGGCCGCGCGUGAGGUGCACGAGGCUCUGGCGCUCGCACUGGCGACGGCGCGGCGCGGGGUGGCGGUGCGCGGGCGCUGCACGCGCUGCGGGCGGGCGCUGGGCGCGGCGGACGGCGCGUGCCGCACGACACACUGCGCGCGCGCGUGCCACAUGUCGUGCGACGCGGGCGGCGCGUGCCACGCGUGCGGCGCGCGCGUGCCGGACGCGGUGGUGUCGGUGCCGCCGCCGCGCGCGCCCGUGCCGUCUGCGCCUGCGUCACAGGACCACAGCCUACAGUUAGUCGCCCCGCCUAGACCUGAUCUAGAAGGUAUCGUCUAAAGACCUACAUGUAUUUUUA